CUUUCAUGGAUUGCCAGGUACCCUGAGGUGCACCUAAAAUCUAUUGGUGAGUACAUUUUCAUACAGUGACAUGUUCAUGGUUCCUGUCUAGCACAGGGAGACUACAAUUAUGGCAUCCAAAAUCAAGGGCAGACCUCCUAAACAACCAAAGGUGACUCCUGAUCUACCAUCUGACGAUUUACAGCAGCUAGAUGAAAAUAACACAGGAAACAAUCCGGCCCUUGAAACUGGUGGAGAAAGCAGUUCUUCCUGUGAAACAGUUGGACCAAAGCUAGGGCCUAGUAAGAAAUCUCUCAAUGAAAGAAAGAGAAGGUAUGUGCUGAAUGUAAGUAAUACGGUCCACAACAUUGAGUGGAACAUUGACCACUUCUUGAAACUCCAGCAUGAGCAAAGGCAGACACUUUAUCAGGACUAUUCUCAUCAGUUUUUGACUUUGGUUGUGAUGUGGAAUAUAGAUGUAGACCAAGUCAAGAAAAAUGCGGAAAAACUCUCA